AGUUACUCAUAUUAAUCUCGCCUCAGCAGAGCUUAAACAUGAUAUUUGACUGUACGCUGUGGAGUUGAAGACGCCACUCUGCCGAUAUCUUCGAAAAGCCAUAGUGAAGAGAAGAGAAAUCCUUCUGGCGGCAGAGUACCAUCGCAAGGUAGGAUCUCCCACGCCUUGUCAAGCACGCAAUCGCAAGAAACCACAUGGGCAUACGGCAGGGUCCUACUUUUCAACCACCAUGACAUUAUAACAACGUGGAAAGACUACUUUCUUAGUAUUAUAGAGAAAAUAUCUCUCAGGGCUGAACAAGAAUUAAUCUCCGACCAAUUUUGGUUGCUACUUAUACAUUCUUGCCCAUGUUCCUCGGAUCUGCAGUCAAGAACUGCUAGCUGCGCCUUCAGCUCCAAGUCUUUACAUACAUGAUGGCGACCCACAACACCUACAACUCGGCGAAAACAGCCACCAUCCACGAAGACCACGAUGUCGAGAAAACCUCUAGUCGCGGUAGCCGUGGUGAAUACAUGGCCUCCGGAAUUCCAAGCACGCAAACCCUCGCCCGCCGCCUCUCCGCCCGCCAAGUCCAAAUGAUCGCCAUAGGAGGCACGAUCGGAACAGGCCUGUUUCUGGGCACCGGAAACUCCCUCGCAAAUGGUGGUCCCGCGAGUAUGCUCAUCUCGUAUGCGAUCGUUGGAGCGAUUGUGUUUGUUACGAUGCUUUCGUUGGGAGAGAUGGCGGCGUUCAUUCCGGUCGCGGGGAGUUUUUGUACAUUUGCAGGGAGGUUUGUUGAUGAUGCGUUUGGGUUUGCAUUGACUUGGAAUUAUUGGUUCAAUGAUGCCGUCUCUACCGCGACCGACUUGGUCGCUUUGCAGCUUCUUCUUCAGUACUGGACGGAUAAUUUCCCUGGUUGGGCGCUAAGCUUAAUAUUCCUGUUCGUGCUCAUCGGCAUGAAUGUACUCUCAGUCAGAGUCUACGGCGAGAUAGAGUAUUGGCUCAGCUUGCUCAAAGUCAUCACGAUCAUUAUUUUCAUCAUUCUCGGCAUUGCCGUGAAUUGUGGCGGCAACACUUCGCGUGAGUAUAUCGGUGCCAGGUACUGGUAUAUCGGCGAUGCGCCAUUUGUGAAUGGCAUUGGUGGCUUUGCGUCGGUGUUUGUCACUGCAUCGUUCGCAUACGGUGGUACCGAGUCCAUCGCGAUCACGGCCGGCGAGACGAAAGAUCCGGCGAGGACACUUCCCAAGGUCGUCCGCAAUGUGUUCUGGCGCAUCCUGAUCUUCUACAUUCUCUCAAUCCUAAUCAUCGGCCUCAAUGUCCCAUACAACUACCCCGGCCUGUCCACCAAGAACAGUCACACAUCGCCCUUCACAAUUGUGUUCCAAAUGGCCGGUUCCCAGAUCGCAGGAUCCUUCAUCAACGCCGUCAUCGUCACAAGCGUCCUCUCCGCUGGGAACCACGCUCUCUUUGCAGGCUCCCGCUUGCUUUACUCUCUCGCGACCAAUCAUCACGCCCCGAAAUUCUUCGGCGUCGUGAACGGCCAACAUGUCCCAUGGGUCGCUGUACUCGCGACUUCAGCGAUCAGUGGACUCUGCUUUGGCGCGAGCUACAUUGGCGCUGGCCAACUCUGGACCUGGCUCCAAAACAUCGUCGGCGUAAGCAAUCAACUGUCCUGGAUCGCCAUCGGGAUCGCCUCACUCCGCUUCCGCGCGGGGAUCAAAACACAAGGCCUCGAACAUCUUCUCCCCUACAAGAACUGGACAUACCCCUACGGGCCCCUGGCCUCUAUCAUCCUCAACUCCGUACUCGUCCUCGUGCAAGGCUGGAAGAGUUUCUCGCCGUCAUUCUCGCCGGUCGAUUUCGUGAGCUUUUACAUUGAGUUACCAGUCAUGUUAGUUAUGUUUGUGGGGUGGAAAUUGUUGAAGAAGACGAGGUGGGUGAGGCUCGAGGAGAUGGAUCUCGUGACUGAUCGAUUUGAUAUCGGGAUGAGUCAGGAGGAGAAGGAAGUUGCCCUUAGGAAGGCCCCGAGGUGGAAGGGUUUGACAUGGAGGGAGAGAGCGCUUGCGGCGGGUACGUCGCUAUUUCUUUGAUGCAGGCAGGUCAUGAUGUACUACGAUUUAUGACGAUCUAUAUCGCGAUUUUGAUACGAUUUUCAAUUCCGGUACGAAUAUAUCACGUG